AUGUCCGACAAACUGAGCUCCACAGAGGUGACUCCACUCGAGCCGAUGAAUUCGCUGAUCGCCUCAAGCGUUGGCAGGUCAUUGUCGUGCGACACAGGAUACGAGUACUGUUCCGUGUCGAGUCCACCCUUUUUGAAACACUGCGGGUGGGACCUCGACGCCACAAACCUCCAUAUCACAAUUAACAGAGAAUCAAUGAAAUCCGAGUCGAGCUCGCUAUCUGUGAACCACGGUCCUCCCGUCACCUCGAUCGAUGGUGUCAGGUGCAUUUCUCUGUGCAGCGCAAGACACGCCUGCGAGAAAUCUGGCUGUUUGUCCAGGAAACUGGACGCCUGUUUGGUGCUCAUGGUGGAUGUGGAUUUGGAAAUAUUUUUUUGGAAUUUUUUCUCUUGGUGCAUAAUGAGACGGAUCUCGAUUCCCAGCGACCACGAGGCCGAGGACGAACCGAGCACUAUAGGGAGGCCUGUUUUCAAGAGCCGGAAGCGCAAAUUGGGCGCUAAACGCAAGCUCUUUGCGAGCGAGGCCGAGUCGACCAUGGACGUGGACGAGCCCGAGUCUGGAGUACGGGUUGUGCGCAAGAAUAAGGUGAAGAUGGGCGUUUCCACGGAACCCAGUGGGUCUGGAGGCGAGAAGAAAAGCGUUUUAGAGGUGCUGAGCCGGUACGAGACGGUUUCGGCCGAUCCAGAGCCCGUCGUUGCUGCGGAAGCUCCAGUGACGAUUCCAGACGAGCUGCAAAUAAAAGAGCUGAAAGAGCGUCGGUACCGCGCGCAAUUGGACCGGCUCGGCGAGCAGAAACAGCAGGAUAACGACGAGGACUACGACUCGGAACACGAACACAAAACCAGGCGGGACCUGGACGAGGACGGCGACUUUGACGUGGACCUAGACGACGCUUUUGGGGACGGUCGACUCGCAGUCGGGUCGAACGAGGCACGGCUGCAGCGACUGAUGCGGCAAGACGAGAUCGAGGAGGCGUUGUACCAUGCACAGCUGUCGGAGGACGAGCCGGAACUGGACUACACGAGCGAGCGCGACAGGCUCAAGGAACGCAUCGAGAGCCUGCAAAAAGUGGAGAGCACAGCCAGGCAGCGCAAAGAGUCAUUGCGGGAGCAACUGGCUGAUUUGGCCGCGCAGCAAAGCGACAUUCAGCGCGAGCUUGAUCUGUUGGUUCAAUGA